AUGAAGCUCAGCAGUUCUAAUUCUCACAUCUCACAGGCCUUUCAGUUUUUUGUGCCAAUCGGAGCUGGGGCGGGACUUCACCUGCCAUCCUCCAUGUUCAUUGGCCAGACGAGCGACAAGAGAGCCUCUCCUGACCUCUCAGCGGAUGAACAACUGGCCUGCCGCUGGAAGAAGUGCCAUCUGCUCUUUGAUUCCCUGCAAGACCUAGUGGAUCAUGUCAACGACUUCCAUGUCAAACCUGAAAAGGAUUCUGGGUACUGUUGCCACUGGGAGGGCUGUGCUCGCAAAGGGAGGGGUUUCAAUGCCAGGUACAAGAUGCUCAUCCACAUCCGCACUCACACUAACGAGAAGCCCCAUCGCUGUCCCACCUGCAACAAGAGUUUCUCACGCCUGGAGAACCUCAAGAUACACAACCGGUCACACACAGGUGAAAAGCCUUACAUUUGUCCUUAUGAGGGUUGCAACAAGCGCUACUCCAACUCCAGCGACCGCUUCAAACACACUCGCACACACUAUGUGGAUAAGCCCUACUACUGCAAGAUGGUGGGCUGCCUGAAGCGCUACACCGACCCCAGCUCUCUCCGCAAGCACAUCAAGGCCCACGGCCACUUUGUGGCUCAGGAGCAGGGCUCUCCAGGUGGGGUGGGCUCCCUGCUGAGGGGGAGUCAAAGUGGAGGGCUUGCUAGCGAAGUGGGAAAGGAUUCAGAGCUGUCCUAUGUGAGCGCAGCCCACAUUAUCAUCCCGAGCGCAGCGGCUGCUCUCCUGGGAGGCCAUGCUCUGCAGGGCCUUGGUGGUGCCCUGCCCCUGUCCCCCCUCAGUCCUCGGCCCCUGGACCUCAGCACACUGGGUUGCCCCAACUCACCUCCAGGCAGCCUGGGAGGCACACCCAUCCUGUCCUUCAACGGCUCGCCGCUGGGCCUUGCCAAGUCCCCUCUGCUCUCCCCAGCGUUCCCCUCCUCCGCCUUGGGCCUGCCAAUGGUGCCCAUGCUGGGGGCCUCGUCUGAUCGCAGGGCCCAAAGCCAGCAAGCCAAGAAGGGCCGGGAAGAGGAGGCCAAGAACGAGGUGACUGGGGGGGUCCUGAACCUCACCACAGGGUCUCAUGAUCCCCUGUCCUGGGUGGUCAUCCCCCCAGGCACCGUAGUGCUCAAGCCAGCUGUGGUCAACUGAUACACACACACACACACACACACACACACACACAUAUAUAUACACACACUCACACACACACAUUCCAGAAGAGCUCAGGGGGUCGGUAUGGGAGGGUGAACGCCAUAGUGAGGGUACGGGCGGUCAAAGGUGAUAGGGAUUGGCUCGCACAAUCAAAUCCAGGCAAUGCAUUUCAGAGAGACAAGGAAAAAAAACUAUAGAGAAACUCAUCAAACCCUCAAUCAGCAACAAUAGAUAACACUACACCUCACAAGAAUUAAAUACAACUCAAGCCUCUUGUAUUAAUGGGAAACUAAACUUGGGGCCCCAGAACUCUGUUCAGGACCAUGAACGGCUCUGUAUUUCUAUCACAAGGCCUGGCAAUGGGCUCCUCUUUGCUCUUUCACUUUAUACUUUAUUCAUUCCUGUAUGCUGGUUCUGUGGACAGGGACCAUGAACGUGACAGUCAGCUCUGUGUUCUUACAAAAGUCUUGAUUCUCUGAUAAGUAUUUAUAUGACUACACUUCAUCUACAUUGUGCCUCCAGCUUAACAGUGAGAUAGAUACACGAUGAAACUGAACGACACGCUGACAGUUAGGCAAACACGGAAUAGGAAGAUUCUACACAGUUGAUUUUAAAGUAUGACCUAUUUUUCACAGGCUGCUGUGAUUAAUAUGAUUCAGACAGGCUUGCCAUACCAAAGCAAGUGAACUCAAACUGUCUUGGAUUUGUCCAGGAAAAAGCUUCAGCUCUGAGACAGUUCAAUUAAAACACAGCACUUAAUCGUGUCAGCUGGUUAUAGUAUUGAAACCUCAAAACUGCUGCUAACCUCUCAGCUCCCCCAGUGUAACACUAACUGGGUGAGAGCACUUUUGACAAUCUGUCCCCAGUUUGGGGAGGGUGACCAACAAGAAUGUGUGCGUGCAGACUAGGGGCUUUUAGGGCACAGAGCGAACUGCAGACUUGACACAGACAAAUGGUGUUACAUCACCUGGCAAUGACCAAUCAUCACUUCCUCUUUUACACAAGUGAAAUUUAAGGCACUGGUGCGCCUGGCUCCCCCCUCUGGUAAGACACGAUACACAACAUCCCACUUAUUAUUUACAGAACUCGCACUGUUUUACUUACUGGAUUGUCCAGCUGCUUUCUCGUAAUUGAAUCAACACAGCCAGUUUGUGUAUGAAAGGCCCACUGUGGUGAUAAACACUGGUGUCUUGUAUUUUAAAAAGUGACCCGACCCAAAACCAGCUGUGAAAAACAGGCGGUCAUCCAGUCGAAGCCCAACUUAGCCUCAUCGGUUGAAGAAUUGUCCCCAUGCUGUGCCAAAAAUACAUGGAAAGGGGAAAGAGGGAUCCACGUAUUGUGCCACAGAGGGGGGUGUGAUGCACUCAAUGCCACAUACAGCUGGAGCGACUAGGAAGCCACACUAUUGCAAACUGCCUCAUUUUACUCUGUCCAAAGGGGCAAAAAAAAGACUUAUUUGACUUCUGGGAAAACUUUUCUCAUGGUUCGAUUAAGCAGUCAACAUGCACUUACCACACACUAUAUUCCUUAGAUGUUCUAUAUAAUGUUACUGCCAAUUCACGGUUCUUUAAAAACUAGUUUGCUCUUAUUCAAUUUUUCUGCAAGGGUUGAUUUUUCUUUGGGGUCCCUCCAGGCUUCUGUUGCUCAGUGCUAAUGUAUGUUUGAUGUCGGCUGCCGUCUCCACAGAGGAGAGGUAUGGGGCGUAGGAGAGGAUCAUCACAACACAAGGAACAUUCCCUCAAGAGACUGUCACACACUACCUUCCUCUCUCUUUUCCCUCCUCCAUCUCUCCUCUCCUCAUAUGCUUAUGUUGGUGGUCUUACUUUCCCAUCGCCCAAGGACAAACAGUUAUUGCUGUUUUUCAUUGUUGUCUUUUUUUCUUGCUGUUGUUCAGACGAGACAUUUUUUCUGAUGUUGAAGUUGCUUCUUGUGUUCUGCGACGGCUGCUCUGCGCUCAGCUUUCUGCUGUCGAGGAGUCUUUUUAGGGGUUGAGGAGAAGAUGAGAGUGAGAAGUUUGGGUGGACCUCUGGGGCAGUGGUUAAAUCUGAAGGGUCACAAGAUGAUUUCAUUGAUAUAAGAAAGAGGAAAAGUUUUAGCGGCGUGGCUCAAUGGAUGGCAUGUAUGGUCAGUCCACCCACAUGGUUCAGACUGAAAUAUCUCAACAACUAUUGGAUGGAUUGCCAUUAAAAUUUUGUACAGACAUUGAUGGUGCCCAGAGGAUGAAUCCUAACUACUUUGGUGAUCCCCUGUCUUUUCAUAGCACCACCAUGAGGUUGACAUUUGUGGUUUUAAGUGAAAUCGCUCCAUAACUACUGGAUGAAUGAAGGUCGUGGGUUCAAACCCCGGUUGCCCCGGCCUUUCUGUGUGGAGUUUGCAUGUUCUCCCCGUGUCUGCGUGGGUUCUCUCCGGGUGCUCCGGUUUCCUCCCACCAACCAAAGACAU